AUGUCCGAGAGACCCAGAGCUCCCCGCUCAGCCCUCUGGCUCCUGGCCCCCCCACUGUUGCGAUGGGCACCCCCUCUCCUCACCGUGCUGCACAGUGACCUCUUCCAGGCCUUGCUGGACAUCCUGGACUUUUAUGAGGCUUCCAUCUCGGAGAGCCAGAAAUACCGCUACCAAGAUGAAGACACGCCCCCUCUGGAGCACAGCCCGGCCCACCUCCCCAACCAGGCCAACUCUCCUCCUGUGAUUGUCAACACAGACACCCUAGAAGCCCCAGGAUAUUUGCAGGUGAACGGGACGGAGGGGGAGAUGGAAUACGAGGAGAUCACACUGGAAAGGGGCAACUCAGGUCUGGGCUUCAGCAUCGCGGGUGGUACUGACAACCCACACAUUGGAGACGACCCAUCCAUCUUCAUCACCAAGAUCAUUCCUGGCGGGGCUGCAGCCCAGGAUGGCCGCCUCAGGGUCAACGAUAGCAUCUUGUUUGUAAAUGAAGUGGACGUGCGGGAGGUGACCCACUCGGCUGCAGUAGAGGCCCUCAAGGAGGCGGGCUCCAUUGUCCGCCUCUAUGUCAUGCGCCGGAAGCCCCCAGCUGAGAAACUCAUGGAGAUCAAGCUCAUCAAGGGCCCUAAAGGUCUUGGCUUCAGCAUCGCAGGGGGUGUAGGGAACCAGCACAUCCCUGGAGAUAACAGCAUCUACGUGACGAAGAUCAUCGAAGGGGGUGCCGCCCACAAGGACGGGAGGCUGCAGAUCGGGGACAAGAUUCUAGCGGUCAACAGCGUGGGGCUGGAGGACGUCAUGCAUGAGGACGCCGUGGCAGCCCUGAAGAACACGUAUGACGUGGUCUACCUGAAGGUGGCCAAGCCCAGCAAUGCCUACCUGAGUGACAGCUACGCUCCCCCAGACAUCACGACCUCUUAUUCCCAGCACCUGGACAAUGAGAUUAGUCACAGCAGUUACCUGGGGACCGACUACCCCACAGCCAUGACCCCGACUUCCCCUCGGCGCUACUCCCCGGUGGCCAAGGACCUGCUGGGGGAGGAAGACGUGCCCCGGGAACCGCGGCGGAUCGUGAUCCACCGGGGCUCCACGGGCCUGGGCUUCAACAUUGUGGGUGGCGAGGAUGGUGAGGGCAUCUUCAUCUCCUUUAUCCUGGCCGGCGGCCCGGCAGACCUCAGCGGGGAGCUGCGGAAGGGGGACCAGAUCCUCUCGGUGAACGGUGUCGACCUCCGCAGCGCCAGCCACGAGCAGGCUGCCAUUGCCUUGAAGAACGCGGGGCAGACGGUCACCAUCAUCGCUCAGUAUAAACCAGAAGAGUACAGCCGAUUCGAGGCCAAGAUCCACGACCUUCGGGAACAGCUCAUGAACAGCAGCCUGGGCUCAGGGACUGCCUCCCUGCGGAGCAACCCCAAACGGGGUUUCUACAUCAGGGCCCUGUUUGACUAUGACAAGACCAAGGACUGCGGCUUCCUGAGCCAGGCCCUGAGCUUCCGCUUCGGGGACGUGCUGCAUGUGAUCGACGCCAGCGAUGAGGAGUGGUGGCAGGCGCGGCGGGUCCACUCCGACAGCGAGACGGAUGACAUCGGCUUCAUCCCCAGCAAACGGCGGGUUGAACGACGCGAGUGGUCGAGGUUAAAGGCCAAGGAUUGGGGCUCCAGCUCUGGAUCACAGGGUCGAGAAGACUCUGUUCUGAGCUACGAGACGGUGACGCAGAUGGAAGUGCACUACGCUCGCCCCAUCAUCAUCCUUGGGCCCACUAAGGACCGAGCCAAUGAUGACCUGCUCUCCGAGUUCCCCGACAAGUUCGGAUCCUGUGUUCCCCAUACGACGCGGCCCAAGCGGGAGUAUGAGAUAGAUGGCCGGGACUACCACUUCGUGUCCUCCCGGGAGAAAAUGGAGAAGGACAUCCAGGCGCACAAGUUCAUCGAGGCCGGCCAGUACAACAGCCAUCUGUAUGGGACGAGCGUCCAGUCCGUGCGGGAGGUGGCCGAGCAGGGGAAGCACUGCAUCCUCGAUGUCUCGGCCAAUGCCGUGCGGCGGCUGCAGGCGGCUCACCUGCACCCUAUCGCCAUCUUCAUCCGCCCCCGCUCCCUGGAGAAUGUGCUAGAGAUCAAUAAGCGGAUCACAGAGGAGCAAGCCCGCAAAGCCUUCGACAGAGCCACCAAGCUGGAGCAGGAAUUCACAGAGUGCUUCUCAGCCAUCGUGGAGGGCGACAGCUUUGAGGAGAUCUACCACAAGGUGAAGCGUGUCAUCGAGGACCUCUCAGGCCCCUACAUCUGGGUCCCGGCCCGAGAGAGACUCUGACUCCCGCCCUGGCGUGGCCUGGACUCGCCCCGCCUCCCUCAUGCGGGCCCCUUGGUCUGGACUGAAUUGCCCAAGCCCUUCGCGCCCCCUAGCCUCCCUCCCGUCCCUUCUUAUUUAUUUCCUUUCUAACUGGAUCCAGCCCUGGAGGGGGGACACUCCCCUGCAUGUAUCCCUGCACCCCAGAACUGGGCUCCGGAACCCCAGGAACCUGGGGUCUGGGGUGGGGAGCCGGGCUCCUGGUCCCGAGCCCGUGCUCCUGAGGACCUGAGCCCCUGCCCACCCCCAACGCACACACAAGCCCAGCGGGGGCCGCCUGCCCUCCCCUACCUUCUCCCACACACAUUCCAGAAGUCAGGGCCCCCUCAAGGAGCACCCCAAUGCAGGGACGCAGGGCCACAGGCCUCCUCUCUCUCCUGAGGCAAGGCCUGGGGCCCCCCUGCCCCCGUCAGAACUCCCCAGGUCCCUUGGUUUAGCAUUUAUUUUUUCCCAUUUUUUUUUCUUCUCAAAGGUGGUUUUUUGGGGGGAUAAGUGGGGGGACUCUGCUGUGGGCCCCCUGCCUUCCACACACCCCCCACCUUUUUUCUUUGCUGGUUUGCAUGAGUGGAAGGUCUAACUGUGGCUUUUUUUUUUUUC